AUGGCGCGCGCCGGCCGCUCCUUGUCCCAGUCCCUGCCCGUGGCGGCGCUCGUGCUAGCAGUGGCGCUGUGCGCUGCGGCGAGGCGGACGUGCGCGAUCGGCGUGAACUGGGGCACGCAGCUGAGCCACCAGCUGCCGGCGAGCACGGUGGUGCGGCUGCUGCAGGACAACGGCUUCGACAGGGUCAAGCUGUUCGACGCCGAGGACACCAUCCUCGGCGCGCUCAAGGGAUCCGGCAUCCAGGUCAUGGUGGGUAUCCCCAACGACCUGCUCGCCGACCUCGCCGCCGGCGGCAAGGCCGCCGACAACUGGGUCGCCAAGAACGUCUCUGGACAUGUCCGCGACGGCGUCGACAUAAGGUACGUGGCCGUGGGCAACGAGCCGUUCCUGGAGACGUUCAACGGGACGUACCUGAACACGACGUUCCCGGCGAUGCAGAACAUCCAGGCGGCGCUGGUGAAGGCCGGCCUUGCCGACAAGGUGAAGGUGACGGUGCCGCUGAACGCGGACGUGUACCAGUCGCCGACGGGGAAGCCGUCGGACGGCGACUUCCGCGCGGACAUCCACGGCCUGAUGCUCACCAUCGUGCAGUUCCUGGCGUCCACGGGCGCGCCCUUCGUGGCCAACGUGUACCCGUUCAUCAGCCUGUACGCGGACCCCAACUUCCCGCUCGACUACGCCUUCUUCCAGGGCUCCUCGUCGCCGGUCGUCGACGGCGGCGUCACGUACCAGAACACCUUCGACGCCAACCACGACACGCUCGUGGCCGCGCUGCGCCGCAACGGCUUUGGGAACGUCUCCGUCGUCGUGGGCGAGGUGGGCUGGCCCACCGACGGCGACGCCAACGCCAACCUCGACUACGCGCGCCGCUUCAACCAGGGUUUCCUCACCCACAUCGCCUCCGGCCAGGGCACGCCGCUGCGCCCGGGCCCCGUCGACGCCUACCUCUUCAGCCUCAUCGACGAGGACCGCAAGAGCAUCCAGCCGGGCAACUUCGAGCGCCACUGGGGCAUCUUCUACUACGACGGCACGCCCAAGUACCCGCUCAGCCUCGCCGGCGGCAACGGCUCCACGCUCAAGCCGGCCAGGGGCGUCAAGUACCUGGACAAGAAGUGGUGCGUGCUCAAGCCGUCCGCCAACCUCGCCGACCAGAAGGUGGGCGACAGCGUCAGCUACGCGUGCGGCCUCGCCGACUGCAGCAGCCUCGGCUACAAGACCUCCUGCGCUGGCCUCGACGCCAAGGGUAACGUCUCCUACGCCUACAACAUCUACUACCAGACCAUGGACCAGGACGACCGCGCCUGCGACUUCAACGGCCUCGCCACCACCACCUCCGUCGACCCGUCCACCGGCACAUGCCGCUUCAUCGUCGAGAUUGAUGUCGGCGCCGCCGCGCCACGCUCUGCCAUGGGCGUCGCGGCCGGGUGGGCGGCUGCCGUGCUCGCGGCCUUCGUGCUGUCCGUAUUGUUGUGA